AUGGAGGUUCCGCCUGUACAUCCCGGACCUGCAUCGCUAGAGCUACUGUUGCUACAGGGUGAGCAUAGGUCUUCAUACAUAUGGGAUGGGCAGUGUUUGUCCCAGACAUUCCGCGCCAGACGUAUAGACGAUAUGUGGGAAUUCAUUAGGGACCGCUCACUCCAUCCUUGUAUAGUUAGACGCCUUCCGGAUACGAGUUUCUACAGGAUCAUAGAGAUAGGCCGGUUGCAGUUCGAUUGGGCAUUGAUCACGGCUAUGAUAGAGCGGUGGCGACCGGAGACGCACACGUUUCAUCUACCCGUCGGCGAGGCAACCAUCACGCUUGAGGACGUGGAGGUUCUUUUCGGGCUGCCGGUUGAUGGGUUACCUCCAGCGGAGGAGACGGCAUUGAGUGGAGCCACUCAUUUGCAGCUGACGCCCGUCCGGCAGCAUCUGGAGGUGAUGGAUGCGGAGAUUACGGAUGAUUCACCGCCGGAGGUUAUCGAUCGGCACACGAGAUUGGUGUUAUUGCUGAUGUUUGGUGGUGUACUAUUUCCGAACACUUCGGAAAACCUAGUCAACUUGAGAUUUCUGCAUCAUCUUGAGCGGCUAGUUGAUUUACCUGGUUACAGCUGGGGUGCAGCUGUUCUAGGUUACCUGUAUAGGCAGAUGUGCCGGGCGUCCAUGGGCACCCAGAGAGACGGUGCCGGAUUUUUACCGUUGCUGCAGUUCUUAUGGAGGCCAUACAGCGACGCGCUCAUAGCUAGUUUGCCCGAUAAUUGCUCCCGCGGCCGAGCUAUGUGGAGCUCUUCUGUCCCACUGAUAUGUCUUGAUAUUGUCGAGCAUCAUUCCACCGAGCGAGUCCUUCGCCAGUUUGGUCGACCGAAGCUUGUACCUAUUCCGCCCGCUUGUCUUAGGACACAUUACCAGCGGGAUGAUCAUUCCAGGGUUGACUAG